AACAGUACCAUGUAUACCAUUGGUUAAGAAAUCUGAGUGAUUGUGCUAAUUGUAAUUAUUAUCCCACAUGAAUGGAUUAUUAGCAAACAUAAUUUUUGGAAUUUGCUUGAAUAUUACUAAUGGAUAUAAAUGGAAAUGAUUUCCAAGAAGGUUAUGAGUAAAAAGAUGAUUGAUUGGCUAUAGAUUGCCAUCAUUGGAGAACUUAAUACGAAAAUAUAGGGUUGGAUCAUUUGUAACAGAAAUGUUAGAUAGUCUUGGAAAUUAAUUUAUAACUUUUUGCUUAUUCCUUACUUGACAAUCAAAGUCCCCUCAAGAAGAACGAAAUAAAAUAGGGAUAUCAAAUGGAUCAUCGUCACGUAAAUGACAUCAUUAAGCAGCCAAACGUAAUCUUAUGUCAAGCUUGAUCUUUUUAAAUUGUGUAGAGCAACUACUAAUAAAGGUAUUGAAAAAGCUACUGAAAUACUAAUGAAGAAAAAAGUUAUUAGCUUCAUUAUUCUGUUUUUUAAAUUUGAUUUCCUAAUGUUCCUUUCGAUUGUAUCUUUUGUGAUGUAGUUAGCAGCUAGAACUAGACUGAUUCCAAAAAUCAUUGUCAAAUUAAAUACAAAAUGUAUGUAAUUUUAAAAUGGAUGAUUGGCCAACCAUUAACUGAUUGGAUCUAUUAUCAGCUUCAAUACAGAAUAAAAUCGAUUUUGAACUGCUUAGGAAUUUAAUGCUGCAAAAUCCUUGUUUAUAUCAUAUGAAUAUGGAUAAAUAACUAGCAAAAAUGAAAACAACCUUCCUAAAGCAUAAAAACCUGGUAGCUAUGUGAUUUUAAAUUGCCAGUCAAAAUAUCCAAGUUGGAUGCAAAAUAAUUCGAUAGCUAAGCUGAAC